GUGGAAAUAAUUUGUACCUUUCGAUUCGGGAUAGAUUUUACUAGAAUCACAGAACCUAUAGUAAAAGUAUACUACUGUUUUAUUUUGUUUAAUUCGUUUAAAGUCGACAUACUGCUUCUUACUUGACGUACUUAAUCGUUAGGUGUUCCAUGUUAUACAUUUUUAUUUUCUAAAUAGAAUUAUGGAGUUAAACGUGCAUGAAAUGGAAAAUCAAGAGAAUAAGAAAAAGAAAAAGAAAAAGAAAAAGAAAAGCAAUAACUAUUGCAGUGUUUAUGGAUGUAAUAGUUUUUAUUUAACUAAUGAGUGUAUAAGUUUCCACCGAUUGCCAGAUUUAAACGAACCAAAAAUAUCAUGGAAAAAUAGUUUUGGGAUUGAAGAAUUGGUAAAUCGUCGCAGAAUUUGGGCUGUCAAGUUAAAGCUAUCUGAAGCAGCAUUAACAAAAAAGCAAUUACAGGUGUGUUCAAAACACUUUACUCCAAAUGAUUACUUGCCAGGAUUCAAUAGAAUACGUCAACGUCGUACUGUAAGAAAAGUAUGUGUAAAAACUAAUAUGUAA